AUGGAUCCAAAUGCUGAAUGGGAUAAAAUUUGGAAUGAAGUCAUAGAUGAUUGUCUUAACGAUAACACUGAGGAAGAUGUGAUAAGGUUAGUACGAGAGGCGCAAGAACAAGCCAACAACACAAGUAAGCAUAGAAAAAGAAGAACGGUGAUAGAUCGAAGUCGUGAAGAAGGGCAUAAUCGAUUGUUCAAUGACUAUUUCUCUGAAAAUCCUGUAUACACAGAGGAACAAUUCAGACGAAGGUUCUGUAUGGGAAGACAUGUGUUCCUUCACAUUGUUGGAGCUCUUGGAAAUCAUGAUGAGUACUUCCAAAGAAGGAUUGAUGCAGUGGGUAGAAUGGGUCUUUCACCAUUGCAGAAGUGCACCGCUGCUCUUCGUAUUCUAGCAUAUGGAUCACCAGCUGACAGUGUGGAUGACUAUGUUCAAAUUGGAGAAAGCACGACAUUAGAGUGCUUAUACAGGUUUGUAAUAGGCGUGUGCACAAUAUUUGGUGCUCAAUGCAUGAGAAGGCCAAACAAUGAAGACAUUGCACGCCUACUACAAAUUAACGUUACACACGGCUUUCCAGGCAUGUUGGGCUCAAUUGAUUGUAUGCAUUGGAAAUGGAAAAAUUAUCGUGUCGCAUGGAAAAGUCAAUUUUCUAGAGGUGAUCACGGUAAACCCACAAUUAUGCUUGAAGUUGUGACAUCUCAAGACUUGUGGAUUUGGCAUGCAUAUUUUGGAACUACAGGUUCUAACAACGACAUUAAUGUGUUAAACAUGUCUGAUGUUUUGAAUGGAAAAGCUCCUGUAGUGCAAUACUCGGUGAAUCGAACAACAUAUUAUAUGGGGUACUACCUAGCGGAUGUCAUUUAUCCUGAGUGGGCGACAUUUGUCAAGACCAUCCUUAUGCCGCAAGGAGAAAAGAGAAAGUUAUUUGCCCAACAACAAGAAUCAGCACGUAAAGAUGUUGAACGUGCAUUUGGAGUUCUUCAAGCCCGAUUCGUUAUUGUACGUGGUCCAGCGCGUGCUUGGCACGUGAAUACAAUGAAACACAUAAUGUUAGCAUGUAUCAUAUUGCAUAACAUGAUUGUCGAAGAUGAGCGAGACACAUAUGCUGGUAAUUUUGAUUACGAACACGUUAAUAAUAAUUUAUCCACAACUGAAGUCUCUACUGGUCCUGAUCCAAAUUUGACAAUAUUGUUUGAAAGGAUAGCACAUGUUCAUCAAAGGCAAAAUCAUCGUCAACUUCAAGCAGACUUAGUGGAGCAUAUUUGGGAGAGAUUUGGUCAUGAGAAUAAUGAAAAUUAG